AUGUCUAAACAUUUCUGCUGCUGUAUCCCCGUCCGCGCAGGAGUUUUCAUCUUCUCUCUGCUGUCAUUCCUCGCUACUGGUAUCGUCGCAGGCGCGUCGUGGUAUAUUCUCCAUGAAAUCUUAAUCAAGGCGACAAACUGGACAAAUGUCUCGGAGCACACGAAAAUCAUCGUCGCCGUCGUAGCAAGUAUAUUCACGAUCAUGUCCAUCGUCUCACUAUUCGGCUGGUUCGGUGCAAUCUCCGCCAACCGCCGGUGGGUCAAGGGCUAUUCAUUCAUGAGCUGGAUCGUUUUCUUCCUCUACCUCGGCUCGUCCGCGCUUUUGCUCUACGCCGUCUUCAGCGAGAAGGAGCUCACUGGCGACUGUGUCAACGUCGACGAGAACGGGAAUGUCAAUGUCGAUAAUUGCACAGAGCACCUCACCACUGGAGCCAAGAUCGCGCUCACGGUGCUUGUCGCGUUUGGUAUCCUGGCUCAUUUCUAUGUCGUCUUGAUCAUCAAUCGCUACGUUCAGCAGCUCGAUGAGGAUGGUAACGCAUGGCAGGGCCCGUACAAGCUCACGACCACAGACAUGAACCAGGGCCUCCUCAACACGCAAGCGUCAUAUCCAUACUCCGAACCCCAGCACAGCUACGGCAACGCAUGA